AUGAUUAAUUGUGAAAAUUCAUUAACAACUAAAAAUAAUUCACAAUAUCGUAAAGAUUUUUUAAGAAAAUUUCGAUUCGACAAUUCAUCAUGGUUAUUUUCAUGUACUAAUCAUAAAUAUAAAGAAUGUUCUAAGAAGAAAAUCACACUACAAUUCACGGAACAAUUACAAAUAGAGUCUACAUUGAACUUAUUAGAUAACAUUGAUCCCGAUCAACUAUACUGUAUCCUAACUGAAGUGAUUCAUCAAUUAUUCAAUACAAGUCGUUUUGUAUCGAUUCAACAAUUGGAUUCAUUAAAGUUGGAAUUAAUAAAUAAUAUUGGAACUUUCACAAUUGAUCAUCAGCAUCGAAAUGAAUGGAAAACACAUUCUACAGGAAAAUCUAGUACAAAAUCUAUUCAUAAUAAAACACAUAAUUGUAUUGUCUUCAACUUGAGUAAUGAGGCAAUAUCAUAUGGUAAUAAUGUGAAAAGUUUUGUAGUCAAGGUAAAUCAUAUCAAAAAUGCACAAUUACGUAAUUUAUUAUUACUCAAUAAAGAUACAAUUAAAAAAGAAAACUAUGUGGUUAUUUGCAUAAUAUAUGAAAAUGGUAAUUCAAUGAAUGGGAUUCUAAUAUCGUUUAUUGUUAAAACAUUUUUGGACAAUGAUAGAAAAUCAUUGGAAAUGUUUACUGUUAAGUUAAAGACACUCAAUGAAGUAAUCAAGAAGUAUGUGAUGAAAUCAUCAAUGGAACUUCAAUAUAACUUACAAAAUAAUUAUUCCAUUCCUUUAGAAGGUUAUUUGUAG